UGAAAACUGAUUCAGUGCAUGAAGGUGCACCACAAUACUAAUACUGAUUCAGUAAAUCGAAUCAUUUUCCCGAACGAUAAAACAUAAACCCUAACAACACCAGGGCUUUUCUUCUUCCUCUCUAGAAACCGGACAUGGCUUCACGAAAGCUCUUCUCGUCUCUACUCCGUUCACCUCUCACUCGCUCUCCACCGGAAUUUCAUUUUCCGAACUAUUUCCGGUCACUCUCUUUCUCCAACCUUACUUCUCCUCUUUCUCCGCCGGUCGAUGUUACAGGGUUUUCUCAAACGAAUGCAUUCUUGAGAGUUGAGUCUGGUAAUGGUUUGACUAGAUUGCCUUCGGUUCAGCAUGGUUCUAUGCUUGUCCCUCAUUUCCAAAGUAGGUUUAUGUCUACCGAGACGAAUUCUGUUGAUUCUUCUUCUCAAGAUAGUUCCUUACUGGAACCUGAAGUGCCUCGUCCCAUCAAAUUUAAAAGAUUAGAUAAAACCGCGAGGCACAUUAUGCAGAUUUUAGACAAGGAAGCAGUGGAGGAGGUGAAAGGACAAAGAGAGAUGCCUGAUAUAAAGCCUGGUUACAUUGUGCAGCUCAAAGUGGAAGUACCGGAGAACAAGAGGCGUGUUUCAAUUAUAAAAGGGAUUGUUAUUGCAAGGCGUAAUGCUGGACUCAAUACUACAUUCAGAAUUAGAAGGAUGGUAGCUGGGGUUGGGAUUGAGUCUUUAUUCCCACUGUAUUCACCUAACAUAAAGGAGAUAAAGGUGCUGGACAAGAAGAAAGUGAGAAGAGCCAAGCUCUACUACCUGCGGGAUAAAAUGAAUGCACUUAGAUAAAUACACUUAUACUCGGUAUCUUCAUUUGCAUCAAUCUUUAUUCUGUUGGAAAUUUUGUGAUUAAUAAUUUUGGUAUACACUUAAACUCAGUAUCUUCAUUUGCAUUCUGCUGUUUUGUUGUCAGUGAAUCUAGAUUAUUUACUAUUUCAA